AUGGCUGAAUUCUUUCUCCCACUCCAAACGAGAAAGACUUCAAAUCCCGAAAAAAAUGACAAAAUGCCAGAAAAAAAAAACGUUCUCCCCCAGUUACACCUUGAACUGAUACCAAUGCGACUCGUCAUUCACAACAUGUUGACAUGCAACGUGAAGACCUGCCAGACGAACAACUUUCCCCUGAAGAUCGUAGCGUCUGCCAUUGACUACGUGGAGAGCGAAUAUAACCACGAAUACAUCGUCAAUUUGUUGCCGAAGCUGGAGUGGAACGCAUUGGUGGAGGCCGCCAAAGAUGUCAACGCGAACAUCCCCAGCACGUUUCCCGAAAACCCGAGUGAGGAAUUCUUGAGGAACUUGUACAAGUUGCUACACAACGUCCACAUCAUUGAGGGUUCGCUCAAGUGUCCGAACUGUCACCGACAGUUUCCUAUAACGAGGGGGAUCCCGAACAUGUUGCUCAAUGAAAAUGAAAUUUAGACAUGGCCGCGCAUAUAAACGCCACAUCUUCAAAGUUUUUCGGGCUCUGAAAA